CUAGGUCACCCCGUUAACUCUUUCUACUCGUUUCCCAGCUUUCAUCUUCUUCAGAGCUUCAACGCCGCAGCCUCGCCUCCUAAUCCGUCGGAAAACCCGCCACUUCCUUCCACCAUGGGUCGUAUGCAUAGCCGCGGGAAAGGCAUCUCCGCCUCUGCUGCCAAGUACAAGCGCACUCCCCACAGUUGGCUCAAAACAACUGCUCAAGAUGUCGAAGAGAACAUCUGCAAGUUCGCGAAGAAGGGGCUAUCGCCGUCACAGAUCGGCGUGAUCCUCAGGGACUCCCACGGUAUUGCUCAGGUGAAGAGCGUGACGGGGAACAAGAUUCUGCGGAUUCUGAAAGCCAGCGGAAUGGCGCCGGAGAUCCCCGAGGAUCUUUACCAUAUGAUAAAGAAGGCUGUGGCUGUCCGCAAGCAUCUGGAGAGGAACAGGAAGGAUAAGGAUUCCAAGUUCAGGCUGAUUCUGGUGGAGAGCAGAAUCCACAGGCUCGCCCGCUACUACAAGAGCACCAAGAAGCUCCCUCCCGUCUGGAAAUAUGAGUCAACUACAGCAAGUACUCUGGUUGCUUAGGUUGCAAGACUAGGACAACAGCUGGGUAGAGGAGUGGAGGUUUUGUUGCAAAUGUGCUAAAUGGAAUCUGUUGCUGACAACCAUGAGAGACCUCGUAGAUGGUUGUUUAGCGAUGGGUGCUUUCUACAAGUGCAUUACUUGCUGUUCCUUUUGUUGUUUCCAGUUACAGGCAUCUUGUUCUUCCUUUCUUGUAUGCUGGGGGGUUUUUGCUCCAACAAUUAUAAGCUACAUUGAGAUUCCUUUUGUGUUACUAUGAUUUCAGAAUUCUGUAACUUAAUGAAAUUUUGAGAAUAGAUUUGCCAGACAUUAUGCCUCCAUGGUUAUUCUUUGAAGAUAUGUUAUGACUAUGGU